AAAUGCGCUCUAGCAAAGUAAACAAACGACAGAAGGAUCGAGUUGAGAUCGUCUAUGGAAUGGUAGUUUCGCUAAUUAUUGCGAGACCCGAAGGAAAACAUUUUUGUUCUCAACCUGAAUGUUCUUCAUUGACAGAUUGGAGGAUUGAGCAAAUCUAAGUGGUCAUUUCAAAGUUCAAAGAAAUGUUGUUGGGUCAUGCUGAUGGUCUAUCAGAAAUGAGAUCAUCGAGGGAUCAGCUACUUCCUGAUCCUGAAUCUGAGUUAGAAGAUGAUGAUGAUGAGGCAGCAUCUACUUCUGAACAGAUACUGUACACUGCCUCUUUUGAAGAACUUGCAAGAAAUAUUAUUCAGUAUGAUACUAUUAUAUGGUUUUCUAUAUCACUAUUACUGGUUUUAGCUUGGGGGGUAGGCCUCAUCAUGUUGUUGUAUCUACCCUUUAGAAGAUACGUACUUCAAAAGGACAUUUCUUCUCGCAAACUAUAUGUUACACAGAGCCAUGUGGUUUACAAGAUUUCAAGGCCUUCUUUUAUACCCUUUUGGGGUGUAAUUACAAUUGAGAAGCAGGUGCCUCUUUCCAUGGUGAUUGAUAUCAUUAUUGAACAAGGUUGGUUGCAGUCAUUGUAUGGAAUCCAUACAUUUAGAAUUGAAAGUAUAGCUCGUGGAAAAGCCGCACCUGUAGAUGAGCUGCAGGUUCAAGGGGUUGCAAAUCCCGGACUUUUGAGGAAGGUAAUCAUAACAGAAGCUUCAAAGGUUAUGCAGGAUAUUGGUAUAAGUCGAAAGCCUGCUACUCUGGCUGAGGAAGGGGAAACUUUUUCUCAGAUCGGAUCACCAACUGAGAGACCUUUAAUUUUCAAAUCACCAUCCAAAAGUUUGAAGAUGACUGGUUCACCCCGUUUUUCUCCAAUGGACCGCAGAGGCAUAAUACCCGAGGAUUUGGUGCUGAAUAAACUAGAAGAAGUAAGCAGAUCAGUUAAGAAAAUUGAAUCCCUGAUGGAGAAGUCCCAAUCUUCCCCCAAAAGCAAAGCAGUUAAGCAGCUCAAAUUCGGUCACUGAAACAUCUGAAGAGAGAAAGCGCGACACAACUGAAGCAGACAAUGUGGAUUUGACAAUUAUUAUGUGUUGAAGUACAUGCUGUUUGUGAUCAGAAGUUCCUUCAAUAUCCAUUUGAUACUACAUAUCGAUCUUUGAGGUUUACUAUCCCUCUAUUGAAUCUGAAUUUUGCAAACAAUCAUUUUAUGUAUAUUUUUAUUUUGCUAACUUGGGUUGAUCUGUAUUGGAUUCAAUUCGAUAAAAGAUUAUUUGCACAUCA